AUGAAGGAGCAGUGACUGUGUUAAGGAUGAGGGCACUCGACACAUGGAAAAUCUGCAGUGAUGGAUAAUGUCUCUCUGGUAACAAUGUUUUUUCUUUCAGGUUUGAAUGAAACAAAGAACCACAGAUUUACUGUCUUUUCUCUCACUUUACUGUACUACUGUUUGAUUUUGCUGGCAAAUAUGUCUCUGAUUGUGAUCAUCAUCUUGGAUAAAAACCUGCAUGAACCAAUGUAUAUUCUACUGUGCACUUUUUGCAUGAAUGGACUUUACGGCACAGCAGGUUUCUACCCCAAGUUUCUCUGGGAUCUGCUUUCUCCUGUUCAUGUUAUCUCUUAUUCUGGAUGCCUCGUUCAGGCUCUUGUCAUGUACUCGUUUGCCUGCAGUGAUCUGUCUAUUCUUGCAGUCAUGGCAUAUGACAGAUAUGUGGCUAUAUGUCGACCACUGGAGUACCACUCUGUCAUGUCAAGGCAAAGACUCAUGAUGUUAGUGUGUUUCUCUUGGAUAACACCUGUCUACAUCAUGGCUGUAAGUGUUUUUCUAACAUCUAGACUGAAGUUAUGCAGCCCAUAUAUUGCCAAGCUUCUUUGUACAAAUGUGAGUAUUCUUAAACUUGCUUGUUUCCCAGCUGACAUUGCUGUUAACAAUGUAGUUGCAUACAUUACAAUAACCAUUUAUGUCCUUCACGGUGUUUUUAUAGUUUGGUCCUACAUGUAUCUCAUUAAAACGUGUGUGAAUUCUAGAGAAAACAGGGCAAAGUUCAUGCAGACUUGUGUGCCACAUUUAAUCUCCUUACUCACUUUUGUUCUGACGGUACUUUUUGAUGUUAUGAAUACACGAUUUGGUUCAAAAGAUUUACCUCAAACUCUUCAAAACUUUGUUGCAAUAGAAUUUCUUCUCAUACCUCCCAUCAUGAAUCCCCUCAUUUAUGGUUUCAAGUUAACGAAAAUUCGUAACAGACUUCUGGCUGUUAUAACUUUUAAAGUUAAAUGA